UCAAAACCUCCUCCGUGCUCCAUGCCAUUUCCCACGACGAAUUAGCUUGUUGCCCGCUUCAGCUUCCCAUCGUUAUCGACAUGGCCAACCUCUCGGACGACACUCUGCACAAGAUCCUGCAGCAGAUCCAGCAACAGGCUGUGGUCUCCCAGCGAAGUCUGAACCAAGUCAACGGUCAGAUCGCGGCCAAGUCGCGAGAAAAGCGGAUCCUCGAAUUGACCACGCGUCAGCUCGAUGCGAUUCCCGCUGGCGACGAUGUCAAGAUGUACAAGGGCGUCGGCAAGGCGUUUUUGAUGGAGCCGCGUAAAGACAUCAGGGCACAGCAGACCGAGGAGGACAAGACGCUUACCGAGGAUCUCGCCAACCUUUCCAAAAAGGCCAAGUUUUUGCAGAAACAAGUAGACGACGCCCAAGGUCAACUCAAAGAUAUCUUCCAUAGCCAGAACAGGGAACGUGAUUCGUAGACCAAAACGACCGUGUUCUCUUCCUUCCCUUUUUUCGCUUUUGACUUCUUUUAGAUCAAUAUAAGUUGUAUCGAUACGACUGUCCGGCUGGACUAUAUAACGAACGAACAUGCAAGAACAUCAUCUCUUCCCGUCUUC